AUGGCUAAUCGAUCAUCAGCAUCCUUACGAAGCCGAAAUACGUCUUCAACAGGUAGCACAGGUGGAUUGAAUCUGUCUCGUGCACAAGAAAAAGAACAAUUGGAAACACUAAACAAUCGUUUGGCUGUUUACAUUGAUACUGUUCGUCGUUUGGAGCAAGACAAUAAAGAAUUAAAGAGUAUUAUUGCAUCUUAUAGUGAUACAUAUGAAGUCGAAACAUCGAAAGUUAAACAAUUGUACGAACGUGAACUUGAAGAUGCGAAGAAACUUAUCGAAGAACUUGCUAGAGAAAAGUCACGCUUAGAAAUCGAGGCUGAGAAAUCCAAUGCCGAAGCACAAGAUGCAUUAGCGAAGCUCGCUCGUAAAGAACGAGAUUUACGGGCUGCUGAAGGUCGUCUGAAACAAUACGAAACCGAACUUAGUGACUUGAAAGCACGCAACGAUGCGCUUGGAUUCGAUGCGAAUCGAAAAACUGAUGAGAAUGUGAGUUUACGUGGUACUAAUGCUGAUCUCGAUAAACAAGUGACGGCAUUGAAACGUCAACUUGAAUCCGAAACACUUCUUCGUGUUGAUCUUGAGAAUAAAAACAAAACAUUACGUGAAGAACUUCAAUUCAACGCUCAAGUUCAUGAAACAGCUAUCGAAGAAGUUCGCCGACAACGCCACUACGAUGUUAAGACUUAUGAUGAUGGUCUACGACAACAAUACGACGACCGUUUAUUACAUGAAUUACAAGAACUACGUAAUCAAACGGAAGAUGAAAUGCAAGCAUUGCGUGACGAAAUUGCUGCACAAUAUGAAAAGAAAAUCGAAGAUUUACAAAAUACAAUUCGUCGUAAUGUUGACCAAGUUGGUACGUAUCGAUCUGAUUUAUCGUCUUACCGCGAACGUAUUGAUGAUAUAACGAAGUCACGUGAUGCAUUGAACGAUAAAGUCGCAUUUCUCGAACAACGUUGUCGUGAUUUGGAAGAUCGUCUUCAUCGUUCUCAACAACGACAAGACGAAAUCUUAGCGGAACGUGAAGAUGAAUUGGAACGUUUGAAACAACAAAUCGAGCAAAUGCAAAUCGACUAUCAAAAUCUUCUGGAUAUCAAAAUCGGUCUCGAUCGAGAAAUUGCCACCUACAGAAAAUUACUCGAAUCCGAAGAAGAACGACUCAACAUUUCAGGCAAUUUAUCACGUAUGGAAACAUCGCAUACUGCAACAGCAUCCAAUGCUACGUUUGAAAGUAGCACUUCGCAUCCAUCACGUAAACGCCCACGUUACGACGCUGAUGAUCAUCCAUCAGUCAAUACUCAACUGAUCGACGGAAUUAAUAUAAUUGAUGAUGAAAGUUCGCAACCAAAAUUUGUCAAAUUACUCAACAAUUCCAAACAAGAUGUAGCAAUGAAUGGAUGGAUUCUCAAACGCAAAGUUGGUGCACAAAAUUAUGAAUUUAAAUUUCCAAAAGGAAUGAAUUUGAAAGCUGGAGCAACAGCAACGAUUUGGAGUUCAGAUGUUAAUGAUAUUUCGGUUGAUCCACCAACAAACUUGAAAUUACGCACAACAAAAUGGUUUACUACUGGUAAUGAAAGUAAAAAAACAAUCUUAGAAGAUUCGGAUGGACGCGUUGUUGCUGAAAAAGUGGUCAGCGUCAAAUAA